AAGAUCACCAAAUUGCAUUCACAAUUUCUUCCUUAUAGCAACACAGCUUCCACUAAAAGUACUUUUAUUCCUUUAAUUAAGGAUAUAAGAAUGAGCUGGACAGGAGGAGACUGGAUGUGUGCUGCAUGCCAGCACCAGAAUUUCAAGAAGAGGGAAGCAUGUCAGCGAUGUGGAUACCCAAAAUUUGGAGGCCCUGAUGUGUCAACUUACUUGUACAACAGGACAGAGGUGUUGGCAGGAGACUGGUACUGCUCUGCCAUUAACUGUGGUGCUCACAAUUUUGCUAGCAGGACCAAUUGCUAUAGAUGUGGAGCAAUGAAGAAUGACUAUGGUGGGUACAUGAUGGGGUCUGAAACUUAUGGAGACGGCAGCUACCCUCCUGGAUGGAAAACUGGUGACUGGAUUUGCACCAGAUAUGGAUGUGGAGUGCACAACUAUGCCAGCAGGACAGAGUGCUUCAAAUGCAAGCUUCCAAAGGAUUUUGGUAAGUAAUUUUUGUUUUCAUUGUUGCACCAUUAUCUUUUCUUGACAAAGAAAACUGUUGUUCUUCAUUAGUAUGAUCCUUUCCUAAUAAAUUCUUUUCAUUCUC